AGCUAUUAAAAAGAGAAUUAGGUGCUGCAAAAGGGAUAUACAAAUUAUAUUGAAGCUUUGGCUCAAGACUGUGCUUCUAUCUACUCUUAUGAAUCUGUACCUCGUUCCUUCUCUGAGUUCUGCUUCUCAUCCCUAUCCUUAAUUACUUAGUUUCCAUUAUAGUAGUUUGAGUGUUGCAAUUGAUAUCUCAAGGUUGUAGUCAGUGUUCCAAUUCUUAUUAUAUAGUGAGGAAUUUCGGGUUUGUUACAUUGGUGCUUUCAUCCAUCGACUCCAACAGCGACGAUGUUUCUACCUAGAUUCAGUAGCGACGACAACCCGGAUAGCUGGAUUUUUCGGGCCGAGUUGUACUUCACAUACCUUGGCUUCUCCAAGAAGGACUGGCUGCCUCUUCCUUCCGUCUAUCUAGAAGGUGAUGCCCUAUCAUGGUUCGAUUGGUUAUUUUGCAACAACUAAUUUUAUGAUUGGAACUAUUUCAAAGAGAAAUUUCUUCUGCAUUUUCAGAAACGGCCCUUCAUUGAUUCGUCGAGAGUGGAAGUUACUUCACAAGCUUGUGUUGACUACCUGAAUUGCGCUACACUGGUUCCACCAGUGAUCUCUAAGUCUACCUCUACUCAAUUCCCCAAAAUUCAUGAACCCUAAGCUCGUCUACUUGAAGAAGACAAGAAUGUGACUGUCAUAGACGAGGUGUUUGAUGAAAAUCCCCAAAGUAAUGAACUGAUAUGCAUUCUGAGUUUUCAAAGGAUGAAGCUCAGUUAGUUCCUCUUGUUGGCCGAGACUAUUUCGUGCCUAAAGAGAUGGAACAAUUUGAGAUUUUUUCAAUAGAAUCUGAGGAACUUUUAGAUGCAAUGAAGACAAACUCUGAUUUAGACGAUGGUAAAUCAAAGGAAGACCACCGAGACUGCACUAAGGUGGAGGAAAAUUCAAGCAACUCUGCAGAUCAGGUGUUUGCUACAAGUCCUCAACGAGAUACCACCACACAGCUCCAUCACAUUGCAACUAUAAUUUUGGAUCCUUUCUCUAGCUUGAUCCCAGGUGAUAAGUUUCCUAUUGGUCGAAUACUUGUUGUGCCUGUUAGUAUCAAUUUGGACGAUUGUCAUAUACUUGGUACUUGUUAUUGCUGUCAACCGAGGGCUUGUGCAUCUCUCGACUAUGUUUCUGGAUCACCUAUAGGGACUAUUCCAUUUUAUAGUUGCGUGGAAAAUUGGUUCGACACAGGGCAAGAUUUUAAGGGUGAUUCAUGUGUAUUUUUAUCUGUUGAAUUUGAAGAUUUAACACAAAUUGAGGGAUUUCUUCCACUUAUCACCACAACAGAUUUAGACGGUGAAUGUGCCUAGAUUGUAGAGUUUUCUCCUUGCUCAUUAGAUCAACCAUCUGUGCCCUUACUGCCUGCUGGUUUUCAGAAUGUCGCGACACCAUAAGAGCUUGAAAUAUUGAGUGGUAUUCUAUGGAUGCCAAGCUUCGGGAGGUGCACAAAUUUAGGUAGUGCCGCAUGAACAUCUGGAAGGAGAUAUGCCGACGAGGUAUAUAGAUGCCUCCUCUGUUGAUAGCAGACCUCCUAAAUGGAUAAUUGAAUUGGCGAUCUUUGGAGACAUGUAUCUUGCUGAAUUUUUUAUGGACCCUAUAAUUUUUGAAGAUCAAUAUCUUGAUAAUUUUGUUAUAGAGAGAGAGGGUGCCAUUUUGACUUAUGCAAGGCAUUCUAUUAAAGUACUUCUUGAAGAUGUGAAUGGAAGUUCUGUUGGGGAUUCAAUGAUAAACGUAUUUUGAGUCAUUUUCCAUAUGUUCGUGGUGCUAAUUUCUUUAUAGAACCCGUUCACAUGACGACGCCGACUCUUAAUGUAUGGGAUCCUUAAUAAGUUUUGAGUUCUUGGCUCUAACAGAUUCUAUAGAGUAUGUGGCGGUCUUCCUAUUACUGGAAUGUACUAGCAGGUUGUGCUUCAUUGCAUAUUCUAACUCUAAGACUAGAGUGUGGGAUCCCGGACAAUCAUGGUUUGUGAAUUUCUACAAUUUGCAAUCUGAUUUGGCGCCGUCAAUUACCAGUUUACCAAAUUUUACUCACUUGUAUAUUGCUGAUUGGAUUUUUCUGAGGACUCUAGCACCUCUGGCCAUUGCUUUACCUCGUAGCUAUUCUUAUGGUGACACAAACCAAAGUUUUCUUUCUGUUCGCCGAAGAUAGUCUUAAUCCUUCUUGUAACUAAUUCCUUUGGCGAAUUGAUAUUUGCGGUUGACAUUGAGUUGUUAAGAUAAAUUAAUUGCAAAAGUACACAAGUUGCUAUAAUUUAGGACAUGCUUGCACUAGGUCCAACAGAAUUUACAUUCAGUGAGUUGCUAUUACAGUUUUGCUGUGACGCCCAUUUUAAUGUACUUGCACUUGGUGGAACGAGGUUUCUCACUGUAGCCAAGAAUAUAUACCGUGCAGGGGAGAUCAAGCUGGUUUGCAUUAAUGAUGCUUAUUGCAUGACUUUUGAAAUUAUUAAUUAUGUAAUUCGAGUUGAUGUUAUCCUUGACAAUGACAGUAGUCAAAGGAAAUUGGGAUUGAUUUUGGACCUUGUCAACCUUAUUUUCCCUACAACACUAUGUUGUGUAAUGGUUAGCAAGAAUGCGUCAACCGAAUCAUCUUCAUUGAGUAUGGAAUGCUGGAAAAUAAGGUUAAUAUAUGCACCUAUUCUUGGGAGUACUUAUAUGUCAAAUGUCUGCCAGGCUGCUCUAUAACCCAAUAAUUUCUUGAUCUCCAAUAUGUUAUUGAUGAUGAUGGAAAGUGCUAUGAUCCUUUAUGGGCAACGAAUCUAUUAAAGAACCCCAAGAUCAUUAUGCUUAUUGAGUCCACCAUUGCUCUUGCUACUAGUUUGCAUAGAAUUGUCCAGGAAACUCAAGUCAAGUAUGACCCUCUCCAUGGCAAGAUGCCAGCUUGCUGCCUGAUGGUUAUCAAUGUUGCGUUGGCCACCAUCUCAUGUCACCGUGACUCAGUGAUGAUAGAUCACAUCUUUUCUUAUCACAAAGACUACCUUCGUAUAGACACAAUAGGCGAAAGAAGUGUUACUAACAUUGUUCUUAACCCGAACCUUGAGGACAAGGUUCUUAAGGAGUAUUAUUAUGAACGAGAUUGGCCAAAAGACUAAGGUAGGGCUUCUUUGAAAUAUUAGAAAACUUUGUGUGGUACCCAGGGAAAGGGAGAGCAGUCGAGAUAUUAAAGAGAGAAUUAGGUGCUGCAAAAGGGAUAUACCAAUUAUGUUGAAGCUUUGGCUCAAGACUGUGCUUCUCAUCCUUUCUUCUGAAUCUGUACCUCAUCCCCUUUAUCUGAGUUCUGCUUCUCAUCUCCAUUCUUAUCUCUAUCCUUAGUUACUUAGUUUCCAUUAUAGUAGUUUGAGUUUUGCAUUUGAUAUCUCAAGGUUGUAGUCAGUGUUCCAGUUCUUAUUAUACAGUGAGAAAUUUCGGGUUUGUUA